AAACCAGCCUCUGCAAUUUGAAGCUUGCAGUGGAAGAAGAAGAAAGGGAGACGACGACGAGAUGACAGAGGAAACGAAGUUCAGCGUGAUGGUGAGCAUGUUCGAUUGGAUACAGAAGAGCAAAUACUCGGCCAAGAAGCGCUCCAAGUUCCGCAAGUUCCUCGAUACUUUCUGCAAGCCACGCGACUACUUCACCGCCGUUCGGUUGAUUCUGCCGGGGCUCGAUCGGGAGAGGGGUUCCUAUGGGCUGAAGGAGUCGGUGCUGGCGAAUUGCCUGAUUGAUGCACUUGGCAUGUCCAGAGACUCUCCUGACGCUCUCCGCCUCAUCAAUUGGCGGAAAGGCGGUGCGAAGACUGGCGCCAAUGCCGGAAAUUUUGCUCUUGUUGCUACCGAGGUUCUUCAACGAAGGCAAGGGAUGGCUUCCGGUGGACUGACGAUUAAGGAGCUUAAUGAGUUGCUUGAUCGACUGGCCUGUAGCGAGAACAGGCCCGAGAAAAUUUCUAUUCUUGCUACUCUGAUUAAGAAGACGAAUGCUCAGGAGAUGAAGUGGGUUAUCAUGAUUAUUCUUAAAGAUUUGAAAUUGGGAUUGAGUGAAAAGAGUAUAUUUCAUGAAUUCCAUCCGGAUGCAGAAGACUUGUUUAACGUCACCUGUGACUUAAAGUUGGUCUGUGAAAAGUUGAGGGACCGGCAUCAAAGGCAUAAGCGCCAGGAUAUUGAAGUUGGCAAGGCUGUUCGCCCUCAGCUAGCUAUGCGAGUUUCUGAUGCUCAAGCUGCAUGGAAAAAGCUUCAUGGUAAGGAAGUAGUGAUGGAAUGUAAAUUUGACGGUGAUCGGAUCCAAAUCCAUAAGAAUGGUGCUGAGGUCCACUUCUUCUCUAGGAACUUCAUUGAUCACUCUGAAUAUGAGCACGGAAUGUCAGACAUCAUUCAGCAAUGUGUUUUGGCUGACAGGUGCAUACUCGAUGGUGAAAUGUUGGUCUGGGAUAGUUCUUUGAAUCGAUUUGCAGAGUUUGGUUCAAAUCAGGAAAUAGCAAAGGCUGCAAAAGAUGGACUCGAUAGCCAUAAACAGGUGUGCCUUUUCAUUUCCCUUUUUUUCUCUAGCCCUACCCUGCUCGACAUGAGUUCGAUUUUGAUUUACUUGUUUUGCUGUUGCAGUUGUGCUGUAUCCUUCACGUUGAUUAAACUCAAAGCUGAGCCUCAACUACUCCAUGUUGCAUUUGAUAUUCUUUAUGUUGGGGAUACUAGCGUGAUUCACCAAAGUUUAAAGGAAAGGCAUGAACUUCUCCGUUCAGCAGUAAACCCUGUCAAGGGUCGAUUGGAGAUCUUGGUACCUAGUGGAGGCUUGAAUAGUCAUUGCCCUCCUGAAAAACUGGCGCUUAAGUAUUUUCUUGCUCAUGCAGGGGAACCUUGCUGCUCGCUUAUUGCUCAUAGUCUGGAUGAUGUAGACAAGUUCUUCAAGCAAAUAGUUGAGAAUAGAGAUGAAGGGAUUGUGUUGAAAGAUCUUGACUCCAAAUGGGAACCUGGGGACCGAAGUGGAAAGUGGUUGAAACUUAAACCCGAUUACAUUCGUGCUGGUUCAGAUUUAGAUGUUCUUAUCAUUGGAGGGUACUAUGGUUCAGGGCGACGAGGAGGAGAGGUGGCUCAAUUCCUGGUGGGACUAGCAGAACGUCCGUCGGCAGAUACAUAUCCGAGACGGUUCAUCUCGUUUUGCAGAGUCGGUACUGGAUUGUCUGAUGACGAGCUAAAUGCUGUUGUUACAAAAUUGAAGCCUUACUUUAGGAAAUAUGAUUAUCCAAAAAAGGCACCUCCAAGUUUCUACCAAGUUACAAAUAACUCUAAAGAGAGACCAGAUGUGUGGAUUGAGAGUCCUGAAAAGUCAGUGAUUCUUUCCAUCACUAGUGACAUUCGAACUAUAAGGUCUGAGGUAUUUGCUGCACCAUACAGCUUAAGAUUUCCCCGGAUUGACAGAGUACGGUAUGACAAACCAUGGCAUGAAUGUCUUGAUGUACAGUCUUUCAUAGAACUUGUUCAUUCGAGUAAUGGCACCACAACAAAGGUUCAAGAAGAUGGAGGCCCGCAAUAUGACAAACCAGCACGUGCAAAAUCCUCCAAAAGGGGCGAGAAAAAGAAAGUUUCUGUUGUUCCUUCGCAUCUAAUUCAGACGGACGUUUCGGAGAUCAAGGGGCAAAGCUUGAUAUUCUCAAAUAUGAUGUUCUACUUUGUCAAUGUACCCUCAACCCAUACACUCGAUUCUUUUCACAAAAUGGUUGUGCAAAAUGGCGGAACUUUCUCUAUGAAUCUGAACAAUUCAGUUACCCACUGCAUAGCAGCUGAAAGCAAAGGGAUUAAGUAUCAAGCUGCAAAGACUAAUAAUGAUAUCAUUCAUUAUUCUUGGAUCUUGGACUGCUGUGCAGCGAAGAAGCUCGUUCCUUUACAACCAAAGUACUUCCUCUACCUUUCCGACACUUCAAAGAAGAAGUUGCAGGAGGAAAUCGAUGAGUUCUCCGAUCCGUAUUUCUGGGAUCUGGACCUUGCAUCCAUGAAACAGAUAUUAUCCAACAUUACCGCAAGCAAAUACACAAGUACGGUCGAGGGCCUCAAGAAUAAGUACAGCCCAAACGAGAAGUGGAUUCGAUUUUGUGGUUGCUGCGUUUACUUCCACCAUCCGCUUCAGUCUCUAACACCCGAGUGGGAGUCUUUAAUGGAGAUUACAUUGAGAAGGCUGAAGCUUGAUCUGUUGAUGGGUGGUGGGAAGAUCAGCAGUAAUCUUGCUCAUGCAACCCAUCUGGUUGUCCUGACACCACAAGGAUUGAAUCUAGACUUGGUUUCCCUUAUGGAGAGCUUCACGGAAAAGGAGAGACACCACAUACGAAACAAGAGUUUUAAUGUGGUCGGAUGGCAGUGGUUGGAAGAGUCCAUGGAGAAAGAUAAAAGGUUGGAAGAAGAUGCAUACAGCUUGAAGCCGGCCGGGUUUGAAGAGUGGAGUGGUGACGAAUGGGAACCUGGUGUAGGAAUGGAAGAAGGGAACCAUUUUUCAGAUUAUGUAGAAAUCCCGACAACCAGGGAAGCUGAGGAGAGGGGUGAAACCAGUUUUGAACUACCAAUAUCACGAGGCAAAGGGCAGAACAAGAAGAAAAGAGGGAGGCCUGCCAGUGUAGCCAAUAAAGGGAAACCACCUGUGGUUAGAAGAACAAGGGCACGCGUUAUGAAUAAACCCGUGAAGAUAACCGAGACAAAAUCAGAGGAAAGUAGCUCAGGUGAGGAUGUGAACAACAAGCACUCACUUUUCCAUCAAGCAGAAGAUGUGGGAGAGGCAAAACCAGUUGAAGGCUUUACUGUAGAUGACAGUAAACAAGGAAUUGAGGAGUUGGGUGAAUAUCGAUCUCUUGACUUUGAGAUGAAAUAUGGAAACAAGGAUGGCCAUGGAGAGCCUGAGAAGCUGGAGGUCAUGGUCGAUCCGGUGAAUGCCAUGUUGAUGGACAUGAUUCCCAGCCUGGGGCUGAAGAUGGCAGAAUCCAAAGAAGAUCUUCCGCUCCGUGUACAUGACCAAAAGGCGCCCGAAUCUACUAUUAUUCAGCAGCCUCCCCCAGGAAAGAAAAGGAAAAUGAGCUUCAAGGAGUUGGCAGAGGAGGUGCUAAAGGAUUAGAGAAAGAUACUGUCAUUAUCCUUGUAUUAUACAUGUAGUUUUUAAUGUUGUACAGCUCACUAAACUAGUAAAAACUUGUUGCCAGCAGUUGAUGAUUCUGAAUGAUGACUUUUGGCUUAUCAAUGACCUUUUUUAUCAACUGGCCAACUACAUCCAUUUACUGGGUCAUUCGUAGUCAUCCUCUAUCAAAAUCAUUAACAGUACAAUCAUUACAGCAACAUAUGGGAAAAGCAGUCACUGAUCAUAGUUCACAGCUAGAAGUAAUGCACAUUCUUAGAGAAGUGAAAAGAACAAACCGAAUGAAGAGGAAAAUAAGCCUUUGUCCCUUCCCUUCCAUACAAGGAGGUAAAAGAGGGAGGAGAAGCCCCAAGAACAAGAAUCACCACGCGUAUUUGGCUUGGGUUUGAGCUUUGGUGAGGAAUGUAUGAAAAGAACAAACGGAAUGAAGAUGAAAAGAAGCCUUUCUCCUUCCCUUCCAUACAAGGUGGCAAAAGUGGGAGGAGAAGCCCCAAGAAUCACCACCCGUAUUUGGCUUGGGUUUGAGCUUUAGUGAGGAAGCCCUUUGAGCGACGCUCUUGCAAUUCCAUCUCCUUCUGCCUCAUGUCGAGGUAUAGAGUACCGAUCUGAUGCUUCCUCUUGUGAAGUUUUGAAGGCUUACCCUUGGCAGUAGAAACAGGCUGGUAUGAUGGCCCAAAGGCAAUUCCGGUCGACUUAACUUGAUCCUGCCUAGGCCUGUUCUUGGUCAACUCCUCCUGCUUCACUUCGAUUAUCUCAAUUGGCUUCUCAUUCCUUCCCCUCUUCCCCCGCAUAAACCUCCCCGCACUAUCAUCUACGACCACCGCUGCCGUCGAAGACCCUUCAGCCCAACAAUUCCCGUAGUCAGCAGCGUAAUACUCCCCGUAGGUUCCAUCAGUACUACCACCACCAACCGUCUGCUCCGUUCUAGCAGCGUAGCUGCUCCCAUCGUAACUUUGAUUAUCGGAAUAACCAUAACUGGCUGGAUGUUCUACAUUCUGAUCGAAGACCGAUUGACUAGCGGCGUCGGGUACAGAAUCUUCGGGGAUUGAGGGCGGAGCGUCGGUCUGUAGGAUGGAUCUGCGGCCAGAACCAGAGGAAGGGAGGGCGCCCAAGGCGGAGGAGCUUCUUGGAGCGGGAAUGCUGGAGAGGAACGAUUUUACAGAAGAAGAAUCGACGGCGGUUGAUUUGCUUGGGCGAGCUGGCCGUUCGUCUUCAUCGUCGUCUUCGUCGUCGGGGUAGGUGGGAAGGGGAGGGGGUUUGAAUUGGACGAUUCGCUUGGGAUUGCGGUUGGAGAGGGGUUGGGGAGCGGCAGAAUUUUGGGAUAUGGGGGGAGGAAGCGAAGAAGAGAAGAUUGACGGCGACGGCGAAGAAGAAGAGGAGGAUUUAGGGCGCGGAAGGACGGAAAAAAGAGGGAGAGAAGGUCGCGCUGGAGGUAAGGACUGGGAAGAGGUAGAAUAGCUGGAUGAUUGCCUUUCAUGGCGGACGGCUUCUUGCUGUUGGGGUUCGUCUUCGUCGGAAGAUCCGUAGCUAGCUACCAGAGAAUCCAUUGUCGAGAGCUCGGCUGCUGCAAUUCUUCGCUCGCUCUGCUUUCGUUUCUUUUUGCCGGCGCCUUCGUCGGUUCCUGGCACCUUUAUGACUCCGCUUGCUGCCUGUAGUGAUUUGGGCUGAA